AUGGAGAAAGCGAAAAACACGGCGAGCGGGUCCCGGGCGGCGGCGGCCGCGGCGCCGGCUCCGGCGGAAUCUAAGUCAACCGGGGGCGAUUAUUCCUUCCCGAGCUGCGCCGCGGAGCCUGACCAGCGUCUCGCGCUCCCCGGCAAGUGCCCCUCGGAGGCGAGCCCGCCGGGCUUGGCCGCGCAGGCCGGGGCGGGGACGGCGGGCGGCUCAGGCCCGGGGCGCAGCCCCCCACCUGCGGCUGCCGCGCUGCGGGCGCCCGAGGGCGGCGGCGGGGCCCGCGGGCGGCGGCGGCACGGGCGGCGGCGCGGGCGGCUGCACCAUAUUGGGGGCCGCGGCGCCCGCGCGCCCCCGACCCGGGCCCCGGCCUCGCGCGUCCCCCUGCGCGCCCCCGACCCGACCCUCCGCUCGCGCACCUCCCCACCCGCCCCCGACCCGGUCCUCUGCGUGCGCGACUCCCACCCGCUCGCCCCCGCACGGGCUUCCCGCACGCCCGCCCCACCUCGACCCGCGCGCGCCUGA